CGCCGUUCUCAAUCAGUUCCACAGAUUGCAAGACUUUUCGUCAAGCUCUGACUCGAUUUCAAAAUGUGGAUUAUCAACUGGUUUUACGACAUUCUCGCGUCUCUUGGUUUGCUCAACAAGCAUGCCAAGCUCUUGUUCCUGGGUCUUGAUAAUGCUGGAAAGACGACCCUUCUGCAUAUGUUGAAGAACGACCGAGUUGCCAUCCUUUCACCCACCGCUCACCCAACAUCUGAGGAACUUGUCAUUGGAAACAACCGGUUCACAACCUUUGACUUGGGUGGUCACCAGCAGGCCCGCCGCCUGUGGAAAGAUUAUUUCCCAGAAGUCAGCGGAAUUGUCUUCCUCGUCGACGCCAAGGACCACGAGCGCUUCCCCGAGUCCAAGGCGGAGCUCGAUGCCCUCCUCGCUAUGGAAGAGCUCUCCAAAGUUCCUUUCCUCGUCCUUGGAAAUAAGAUUGACCACCCUGACGCCGUCAGCGAGGACGAACUUAGACACCAGCUUGGUUUGUACCAGACGACGGGUAAGGGUAAGGUGCCGCUUGAGGGGAUCCGGCCCAUCGAGGUGUUCAUGUGCAGUGUUGUUAUGAGGCAGGGAUACGGCGAAGGUAUAAGGUGGCUAUCUCAAUAUGUCUAG